AUGCUGCGAUCCCAAAUUAGCACCACCGAGACAAUUCUUGGACAUCGUAUUCCUGAGGCUGCUCUGAGUAUGUCGGGCCCAGAUGAAGGAUCUCAUUAUGGCAGUCCAGUCGCCGAUGUUGUUCGAAAAGCUUUUUCGCUGGUGGGUCUGGAAUAUACACAAAUCAUCGCAUAUUCCUACUAUGGUGAGCCAUUGCUGUAUCCAGAGAACUCUAUCAUGGCUGCACACAAUCUUGGACUGUGCCAUCCAUACAACGUCUCAUCAGAAUAUUGUCUCGGACCAGGGCGUCGAGAUCGGCUUGGCAGGGAGCAAGACUACAUGGUUGGCUAUUACACCGAUGCUCUUGAAGUCAUCCUAACCUCACCGACUGCUCUGGCCUAUAGUGUCACACCAUAUCCAUACGCCGACUAUGAGCUUGGGGAGAAUAUGCGGCAACAGAAUCCUGACGAGUCUUUCUAUUGGGAGCAAGUGCGACACUUAUUGAGCACGCCAUUGCUCCGACAUGUUUGGAAGCCUACAAGAGUCGUAAUGUACGGCGAUCGAAGCAACGACACCCAAAUGCAACAGUUGAGCAAAGGCGUGCUCAAGGCUUUUCUGGCAGACGAGGAACAGCCGGACUGGGUCAAAGACAAGGUGAACCCGGUCUUUGCGGGUGCAAUGGGCGCAGCGGAGUUCACAAAAAGAGAGCUGUUCUGGAACAAGGAGAAGCCCAUAUCAGAGUUGGCUUCACCGCCCAAGGUCUACCUGUAA